AUGCUCGCCUUGCUCGCCUUGCUCGCCCUCGCUCUGCCCCAGCCCUUCGAGGCGGCGGAGGAGAAGGAGGCGGCGCGGCACGCCGAGGAGCUGCUGGCGGAGGUCGAGGCGGAGAAGCGCGCCAAGGGGAAGAAGGGCAAGAAGAAGAAGAAGAAGGGCGGCGGGGCGGGCGCAGCUGCUGGGCCGUCGCAGGAGCCCGAGGAGGUUGCCGAGGCGCCGUCGGAGGCAGACGCAGCCGAGGCGGCGAAGAAGGCCGAGGAGGUGAGGAUCCUCCUGCUUCUCGAGACGCUCACCGAGGAGAGGAUCCGGUUCGGCAUCACGGCGGAGAGCCAGGCCGCGGCGUCGGCCGAGGUGGCCGAGGCGUCACGCUUGGCCGAGGAGGCGGAGGAGGCGGAGGAGGAGGCGGAGGAGGAGGAGGAGGCCGAGACAGCGGCCGUGGCGGCGCUGGCUGUGGCCAAGGCUGUACGGGCGGAGUCCAGGGCGGCGGAGGAGGCGGCCAGGGCGGCGAUGGACGAGGUCGUGGCGGCGCUGGAGGAGGCUAAGGGCUGCGACCGCAACGCGACCAUCAAGAAUGUCAUCGGUAUCGUCGACAUCUUUGGCUUCGAGAUCUUCGAGAAGAACUCGAUGGAGCAGCUGUGCAUCAACUUUGCCAACGAGAAGCUGCAGGCGCUCUUCACCAAGACCGUCUUCGCCGAGACCAUGAAGGCGUACAAGGAGGAGGGCAUCGACGUGGCAGACAUCACGUACAGCGACAACGCCAACCUCAUCAAGACGUUCGAGACGCCAAAGACGGGCCUCUUCGGCCUCCUCACCGAGGAGUGCAUCCUGCCAAAGGGCACGGACGAGGGCUUCACCGAGAAGGUGAUGGCGACGCACGGCAAGGGCGGCAUCAUCUUCCGGAUGAAGGGCGUCGGCCCAAAGGAGGGCUUCGGCCUCAACCACUUUGCCGGUCAGGUCAACUACGGCACCAAGGCCUGGCUCGACAAGAACCGCGACCCGAUGAGCGGCGACCUGGUCCAGCUGAUGCUCUCCGCGGACAACAAGCUCCUCAAGGAGCUCUUCACGGAGAAGCAGGAGGCCGACGCGGGCGGCGGCGGCGGCAAGAAGAAGUCGCCAAAGUUCAAGGGCGUGAUGGACACCUUCACGGCGCAGCUCAACGACCUCAACGGCACGCUCGAGAAGUGCGCGCUCCACUUUGUCCGCUGCUUCAAGACCAACGACCAGAAGAAGAAGGAGUUCAACGAGGACGAGGUGGUGAUGCGGCAGCUGCAGACGUCCGGCGUGCUAGACGCGCUCCGCGUGUCGCGCGAGGGCUACCCCGACCGGAUGAUCUUCGAGACCUUCAGCUCGCAGUACAUCGCGGUGCCCGGCCUCAAGACGGCCGCAGAGCUCGCCCCCAAGCCGCCCAAGGAGCGGGUCGACACGCUGCUCGAGCGGCUCGAGGUGCCCAAGGAGAAGUAUCGCUCCGGCAAGACGCGCGUCUUCUUUGCCGCCGGCGUGCUCGACGGGCUCCGCGCGAAGCGGACCGCGAUGCAGGCCAAGAUCGCCACCGAGAUCCAGCGGGUGGGCCGCGGCCUCGUCGCCCGCGCAAAGGCGCGCGAGCUGCGCAAGAUCCGCGAGGCGGCGCUGCAGGCGAUGGUCGCCGCGACACCGGGGGAGGACAUCGAGGCGCUGCGCACGGCCAUCAAGGGCGCCAAGGACGCCGGCCUCCCGAACUAUCCCGCUGGCAAGGCCAAGUUCGACGAGGCGGAGAAGCGGCUCGCCACGCUCGAGGCGGAGCUCAAGGCGCGCAAGGAGGCGGAGGCGGCGCUCGAGGCGGCCGUCGCCGGGACGGACAUCCCGGCGCUCGAGGCGGCGCUCAAGAAGGCGGUCGACUGCAAGUCGGACAACAAGCCGCUGAUCGAGCGCGGCGAGAAGCGCGAGGAGGCGAAGCGGUCCAAGGCGAGCACGCUCGAGUCGGGCGCCUUUGUCGGCAAGGUCCGCUCCGACAAGAAGUCGCUCGACUACACCCUGUACGACGACGGCACCUCGCCCGACGGAAAGGACAAGGGCGGCACCUCGGUGCUGCGCCACGAGCUGCUGCACAUAAACUUUUCGAACUCGCUGCGCAACCGCGACCCAGGCGCCAUGACGGUGGUCCUGCCCGAGGUGGACAGCGACGGCAGCUUCGAGAGCGUGCAGCCGAGGCAUCACACGGAGGGGCUCGAGGCGCUGCUCAAGCGCGGCGAGAAGGGCGGGCUGCUCGAGCUCAAGAACCGGCAGCCAAAGUGGAACGCGUCGAGCAACAUGUACGUCCUCGACUUCCACGGCCGCGCCUCGCUCCCCUCGUGCAGAAACGCCAAGGAGAGCGACGUCUGCUUCCUGAUGGGCAAGGUGGAGGAGAACCGCUUCAACAUCGACUUCAAGGCGCCCUUCUCGGCCAUGCAGGCGUUUGCGACCGCGAUCAUCAUCUUUGACAACAGCUCCGGCGCCUUUUGA